GGUGGGGCCUGGGGUUUGGAUCAAUUUCCGCAACCCCCCCUCCCCCUCCCCCUCCCCCAGUCCCUCGCGGGCGGUUGUCAUGGGGAUUGUGAGCGUCUUUCGUUCGGUCGCAAUUUUCGUCGGUACCUGCGUUGCGACAGGAACCCGGACCCUGAUCCGGUGUCUGUUCCAGGCCCUGAACCGGUUCAGGAACUGGAUCCUUUCCCUGAUCCGGUCUCUGCUCCCGAUCUUCGUCCAGUUCCACAUCUUAGACCGUCUGUCCUUCUCCUGGAGCGGGGCGAUUCUUGGCCUGCGUUACAAAGUGGAAUGUUAUGGACAAGGAAAAAUACACGAAGAUAUUCUCAAACAAAUGGACAUUACUAUAUGUGGGGAAGAUCCUGGGAUUCCUUGUAUUCUGUUUGUUUACAAAAUUUCUCGUGAUAUUGAGGAUCUCCGCAACGCUCUACGAUGGGUUGAAAUGAUUCGGGGAAUACAAAGGGAAGACAUAUGCACCAUGAUCCUGCUGGAAAAGGAUUCGAAUAAACAAGAAAAGCCAAUAGAAGUAGAUCACCAAGGUGUGUUCGAUGAAAAAACUGUGGUUGUGCGAAUUCUCUGGGAAGAGCAGUGGUUCAGGGCCAAAGUUCAGAAGGGACCCAGAUACCAGAACGCAAUGGAGAAAGUCAUUCGGAGCAUCAGGGUGAGAGAACACAAUUGAAGGGGAGGCCUGGCAGGAAGAGGCCAAUCAUAAUAUGGACCAGUCACCCACUGGGAAUCUGCCUGUGCAACAGCUUGAAAUGCUGCUUCUUGCUCAUCAAUUCUGUCCUAUCAUGUUGUAAUUAACAAGAAUUCAACACAACUGCUCCAGUUCUGAGGAAAUGCUUGUACUCUAAGGCAAGACCUAUUGAACUGCAAACUACUUCCAAGUAAGAUGCCCAUUGGGAACCAAGAGCAUUACCAAUUUAGCUGGUUGCUUAACAGAAUUAUUGCACUGAAGAUAUCUUGCAUUCUAUUUUCACCUGUGCCACCUUUUGAAGCAUCAUGUAUUCCAAAGAACUGCCAUAGGCACCAUUGGACUGAGUGAUUCUUUUUAAUAUUCAUCUGUUGUGAUGUUGGAAUUAUUUCAAUAAAAACACAUAAAAGGGAAA